AUGCAGCGGCUCGCGCCGCUGGAGAGCCCGGACAAGGCGCGGGCGCCGGCGAGCCCCGAGGUCAAGGCCUUGAGCCCCCUGCCGGUUGAGCACACGGCGGCCGCACCCAGCGAGACGGCGGCCGCACCCAAGCCGCAGCCCCAGACCCGCCGCGACGCACCGACGCCGCAGCCCGAGUCCCGCGGCCGCGCGCACGCGCGGUGGUCGGCCAUCACCGUGGCGUCGGCCGUGGAGCGGGUCUGCAAGGACCUGGGCCUCGUGUCCGUCGCGGGCGAGUUCUACGAGCACGGCGUCACGGGCGACGUGCUGCCGUUGCUCACGCUCGACGCGCUCCGGGAGAUGGCCCACGAGGAGGACGGCGUCAAGGACCGCCACAGCGAGCUGACGAAGGUCGGCAGCCGCCUGCGGAUCCGCGAGGGCCUCGCGGCGUUCGUCGCGCGCCACGGCGACGUCGACGGCGCGGCGCUGCGCGACGGCGUCCUCGGGGGCGCGACGUUCCUCGUGCCCGACUCGUCGCGGUCGCCCAUGACGCGCUACGCCGAGCACCCGUCGAACGCGACGUCCGCGAAGUUUCGGAUCGCGUGCCGCGCCGUGCGGGGCCUCCUGCAGGCGGAGCAGGCCGCGCCCGCGCUCCAGCUCAUCCGCCGCAAGCCCGAGCAGGGCGCGAGCCGCAAGCCCAAGCAGGUCUUCGUGCCCGUCUUCAUGACGCUGCUGAUCAAGAAGCUCGUCGAGGUCGACGAGACGUCCAUCGCGCUCGUGGGCACGCUCAUCCAGCGGCCCCUCGUCUACGACCUGGAGCGGCUCAAGCGCGUCGGCGAGGCCGAGGAGACGACGCGGCCCUUCUUCCAGAUGCGCAUCAACGAGGGCGAGGACGACGACGCGAAUCUCGUGCUGCGGAAGACCGUGCCCCAGUUCGUCGACGGCGCCGAGGCCGGCGAGGCCUACUUCGCGUCGUCGUCGACGUUCGUCGCGAAGAUGCCCCUGAAGCUCAACUCCAUCAUCUCGUCGCACCCGUUCCACGUCGUCUCCGCGUCGACGCUCCUGGAGCUGACGUCGUUCACGGGCCACUUGGACGGCGCGGACCAGGGCAGGACAAGAGAGCGAAAUUCCAAACUUCAAAGCCUCAUAUCUCGGCCGUUUUCUACUCGCGCGGACGGCGCGCCCUUCGAGUGCCGGCCGAACCUCCUCGGCCACGUGGAGGACCUGCGGAACUUGGUGUCCGUGCGCGACUGGUCGACGUCGGCCCUCGACGAGAUGCGGUCCUGGAACAUCAUCAACACGAGCCCGUGCAUCGAGUACGUCGUCGACGGCAAGCACGACAAGGGCUACUACUGCCCGAAGGUCCGCGUGACCUUCUACCUCCGGCGGGCCUACAUCCAGCCCUUCAUCGAGAGUCUGAUGCCCGUCGUCUUCGCGAACAUCGCGCUCACGCUGCUGGUCAUGCGCAAGACCCAGAUCGACCUCGGCGACCGCCUGGGCAACGUCGUCGCGAUCGGGCUGACGAUCGUCUUCGUCGUCCCGCAGCUCUCGAGCUCGCUGAGCUUCCAGCCGAAGAUGCAGCUCAACCACGUCUACGUGGUCUGGAUCUACAUGGCGCUCAUCGUCGUGCUGCUCUACAGCUUCGGCAUGAGCAAGGCCAGCCACUUCGCGCGCCGGCAGGGCGACGUCCGCGACUGCCUGCUCGUCAUGCUCUGGGGGAACCUCGUCAUCCCCUUCACGAACUUCGUGCGCUACGCGCUCUUCGUGCGGCUCCUCGAGCGGGAGCCGCGCGCGGUCGCGAACCCGAUGACCUUCAACGGCCGCGUCGGCGAGGUCUCGGAGGUGCUGAGCCGCGACCCGGAGGCGAACACGCGGCGGCUCCACCUCAGGCUGCCCAAGCGCGCCGCGAAGGCGCCCGCGGCGGCCAAGAAGGUCGCGCCGGGGGGCCUGGCGUACGCCGACGAGCUCCUCGCGGGCAAGCAGUCCAAGGGCAAGAACACGGCCGGGUCGGCGAUCCGCUUCUCGGACCUCGCGACGUUCUUCAAGCCGCCCGAGGCGGGCGAGACGCGCGUGUCGCCGAACCCGGCGCUGCUCCACAUCCCCGACGACGCGCACCCGAACAAGCGGCACUUCGGCCUCGCCUACGCCCAGGGCGACGCGGCGCCCUGGCGCUUCUACACGGCGACGAAGGCCAUCACCUGCGGCCUGCCGGCGUUCAUCAUGAGCCACGUGCCCUGGGCCGAGCUCCUCCGCAUCUCGAUCUGCGGCUCGGGGUCGACGCCCUGGUACCGGCUCCCGCACCAGUCCGUGGCCAUCCUGCCCACGGUCGCGAGGGCCGUCGCCGACGAGGCCGCCGCCGUCGCCGGCGGCUUCUGCUCGCUCCGACGCGUCGACUCCCACCGCGCGGAGGCCAAGGCCGAGGCGCCGUCCGGGUCCUAA